AUGGGACUGGACGAUUUUGAGCGCGAAUUAAAGGAGAGCAAGUCGCGAGAGGACGGAGAGGACAACAGAGAGCGCAGGAAACACCGGGAUCGAUCAAAAGACCACGAAGAAAGACACCACCACCGCCAUCACCACCGAUCGCAUCGACACCGCGACGAUGAUGACGACCGAGAGAGAUCGCAUAGGCGACGAAGACACCAUGAUGAAGAGCGCCACGAGGAUCAAGAGCGCAGAAAGCGACAUCGCGCUCGGCACGAAGAUUCCCACAGAGAUCGCAAGAGACGCCGCAGCGAUUCGCCUGCAAAGGAUAAGACGUCCGAGCAGAAGCCUGACACGGCAGUGAAAGUAUUCGAUAGCGAUGGAGACGAAGAGGACGAGUGGGUGGAGAAGGAGACCGUCACUGCGCCGCCGCCCCCAGAGAAGGUCUUGGACCAGCCAGAUCAAGAUCUGCACCAGAAGCAGAAAGGCGUACAGCGUGAUGCCUGGAUGCAGGAGCCUUCUGCCCUCGAUAUCGACUAUGUGAGCAGAAAGAGGCCAAAGUCGCCGCCGAGCCAAUUCGUGGGUGCCAAACAGAACCAUGAUUUCAAGGUGCAAGAGAAGCAGGUCAAUCAACAUCUGGCUGAUCUCGAGCGAGACUUUGACUCGGAUGGCGACGACGAAGCUGCAGCAGAGAAUGUCAAGGACGAGCCUCCCCACCACGAGGUCAACUAUGUCUUCGGCGAUGGUGGCAGCACAUGGCGCAUGACCAAGCUCAAAGGCGUCUACAGAAAAGCGGAGGAGUCUGGGAAGAGCAUCGAUGAUGUGGCCCUGGAGACAUAUGGCGAUCUGCGUCUGUUCGAUGAUGCGCGAGAGGAAGAGCGAGAAGUGGAUCGGAGAAAGAUGUAUGGUAAUGACUACGUUAGCUUGGAAAAGCCUUCAGGCGAGCUGUUCCAAGAGCGCGAGAUGAAGGCAGGCAUGCGGCGUGAUGAGCAGAAGAAUGCAGACGUAGACGUAUUUCAUUCGAGGCAGGGUCAAACGAUCGCCGAGGCUUCAGCACCACUUAAAACGACAUCUCUCGACCAGACGGCUCUGAAUAAGCUUAAGGCACAGCUGAUGAAGGCGAGGCUCAAAAAGGCGCCAGACCUCGCUCGGCUGGAGGAGGAGUACAAAGCAGCAGAAGCAGCAAGCCUGGCCAACGGUAACCAACCAGAUGUGGUGGUGCUCAACAAUGCAGAGAAUCGAAUGCUGGCUGGUGACAGAUCUGGAGAGGUUACCGCCGUCUCUGGAAGAAGGGCUCGCGAGCGUGGGACUGUCGUGGAAAACGAGGAUAUGUCGAUUGAAGACAUGGUCAAGCAGGAGAAGCGCACUCGUGGGAUGGCUGGAGGCGAAGGACGCCAGUUCGCGGAGCGCAUUGCCAAGGAUGGCAAGUUCAAGAACGACCUCGAUUACAUGGAUGACAACGCACAAAACCUGUCCAAGGGAGUCAUCAAAUCAGACACGAAUCUUCGAAAUGCCGCUGUCGGCGAGUUCCAGAAAAUGCAGCGCAUCCUUGAGAACUGUCCUCUGUGCUACCACGAGGAGUCGAGCACGCCACCAGUCGCACCGGUCGUUAGUCUCGCAACUCGCACUUACAUGACAUUGCACACCGAGCCUGAACUCGCCAAAGGGAGUGCUGUUAUCGUUCCCAUCCAACAUCGUCUCAACCUACUCGAAUGCGAUGACGAUGAAUGGGAAGAGAUCCGUAACUUCAUGAAGUCUCUCGCCCGCUUCUAUCAUGCUCAGGACAAAUCCGUCGUUUUCUACGAAAAUGCAGCGCACAUGCACAGCCGCAGAGGCCACGCGGCAUUAUUCGCUAUCCCUCUGCCUCAUCAUCUCGCAGACACAGCAUCGGCAUACUUCAAAGAGGCCAUCCUUGCUUCCGACGAGCAGUGGAGUCAGCACAAGCCCAUCAUCGACACGCUCGCUCUUACUCAAAGGCCGGGGUACGGCAAGCAAGCAUUCAGAAAAGCCAUGGUGAAGGAGAUGCCAUAUUUCCACGUCUUUUUCACACUAGAUGGUGGAAUGGGCCAUGUGAUUGAGGAUGAAAGGCGAUGGCCAAAAGGCGAUCUCUUUGCCAGAGAAAUCUUGGGCGGAAUGUUGGACAAAGGGCCCGAGGUGAUCAAGAAGCAGGGGAGAUGGGAAAGACAUGAUCCGCGGCUGGAGAGCUUCAGGAAGCGCUGGGACAAGUUUGACUGGACCAAGGUUCUAAUGGAUGCUCAAUGAGAAUGACUCGUCAAGUCAUGAUUCUUGCAAGACACGCUACGGUCGGUAGCUAGAGUGCAGCUGGUAUUGCUACGAUGAGAUCUGUGGCAUCUACAGAUUCUGUUCUCUGUGACUCAAUACACUGUCGUCUAUCUUGACGCCAAGGGCAAUGCUCGCUUCAGCCUUUGUCUUGCAGCAACCCAUUGCUUUUUG